AUGUCACUACCAAAUUCCAGAAGUCUAGCAUUAAAAGAAAUUAUUAAAGAUCUCCAAAAAAAUAGUUCGACAAAUAUCGAAGUAGAAAAAGAAAAUUUAUUACCAGUAAGCCCAACCGACCAGAAAGAACCGAUAGAAAAUCAAGUUGUACCUUCUACUUCAAAAAGAAACAUACCUUUAAAUGAACGUGCUUAUAAUGUACACCAAAGUUUACGUGAUAAAGGAUCGUCCUACUCUUCCGAUCAAAAGUCUGAUCAAGAUUUUUCGCCUGCUUCCGAUGAUGAUAGGGAGUAUAUACCCCCAUCUAUAGCUUACAGUUCGCCUUCAGACGAUGAUUCCAAGCGACAAAAUAAAUAA